UGUAUGUCCUCUCCCACAAGUCUUUCGUUUCGUUUUUCCGUCAAAAGUAAGUGUGUUUUUACAUUAUUGCAAUAACAUUACAAUUACAAUGGAGAUUGAAUUGGCUAAGUGUGAAUGUUGUGGCCUCAAAGAGGAUUGCACACAACACUACAUAUCUCAAGUUAAGGCUAAGUUCCAAGGCAAAUGGCUAUGUGGCCUUUGCUCCGAAGCCGUCGCCGACGAGCCCGAUAAAUCGACCGACGAGGCCGUCAAAGCCCACAUGUCGUUUUGCCGAAAGUACAAGUCGAAUCCCGCCGUACGCGUCGCCGAUGGAAUGAGGCAAAUGCUCCGGAGGAGGUCCGAGGAAUCGGGUUCUUCUAACUCGUCCCCGUCGCCGUCGUCGUCGAAGAAGUUUUCGAGAUCGGCGAGCGCGUCACAAGUGGGUGACGGGUCGAGAUUUCCGUACUAUUAGGACAAGAUCAGAGUGCGCGCGACUGAGAAUAAAUAAUUGAUGCGGUGUUUUUCACUUUCUUUUGAUUUAACAAUGUUUUCAUGGAUUAAACGAUGUUAUGACGUGCCAAUAAGGUGUUACGAUUUUUUUUUUAAUAUUCAUUUCAGGAUACGAUGAUUAAAUAGCAAUGUUUGUAAGAAUGAAAUCUAAUUUAUCAUGGUAUUGUUGAUGAAGAAAAUGGAUAAGAUUGAUAAUUCAAUGAUU